CUGGAAUUCUUUGAAGCGGAGUCACUGGGGGACGGUCGCUCAGUCUUACUCCAGUGGAGGCUCCUCUACUCCGGAGGACACCCUGUGAACGAUUUCUACAUCGAGGUGAGGGAGAAAGAUGAAACCAUAGAAACUCUGAGACCAGACGUCUACGAAGACUCCCUACUCCUGGAUGACCUUCGACCUUCCACCAAUUACUCGUUCCUGGCGGUGGUGGGGAAUUCCCUUGGUAUGGCCACACCCCUCGAGACCAAUGCCUCCACUCCCAUUGCUGCUCCUGGUAAACCGACCACCCCUCAGCUGGAGGACCGCUCUCCACAGACCCUCACUCUCUCGUUCUCCGUCAAACACGGCUCCUACCCCAUCCUCUACUACCUCCUCCUAAUUAGCGACCCCUCUGACCCCGCGGCCAACACCUCGGCUCCAGAUUUCACCAACACCACAGAGGAGAGGUUGGCGAACGUGACGGCGAGGUCAGUGGCGGAACAGAAGGAGUGGAAGGAGGGAGGGGAGGUCGUGGGCUACCAUGUGAGCAUUAGGGUAGGAGGACUGCGACAGAGAGAGAGCUACGUCUUCUCAGUGGCCGCUGCUAGUGUCGUUGGUGUCGGGGAGUUCAGUGACCCCAGCAGAACACUCACUCUAGAGGAUGGAGAGCUGUUGCUGUACCUGAUAGUGGGCGGAGUUGUGGGCGGGGUUUUGCUAGUGUUGGUUCUCCUGGUGGUGUUCUGUUUCCUCACUCAGUACGUCAGGAGACAGCACCGCGGAGGGAAAAUCACCAUCACUAGGAGAGGAUCUGAUUCAACUGGAGUCACUACUGACUACAACCUCAAAUUUGAGUCAUUUAAUGGAGGGGCUCCCCCUAGUCAAAGAACGACCUCUCCGAACCCGAGUCAGCGAGUGGACUCAACCACGCCCCCUCCCCGGAUCACCUCCCCUCGUCUCACCUCUCCCCUCCUCCACUCCCAGCACUACUACAACAGUCUGAGGAAGUACCAGCUGGACACGCUGCCUGUGGCGAGACCCAACGAGGAGGGGUCAAAGGGCAGAGUUGUGGAGGUCCAGAUCCAUUCCAACCUCCGCAGUAACGGAGUCCCCACUGGCAGGAGGAAUGAUGUGGAUGGAGGUAACUACAAUCGUCCGACGUCCCACCCUCCCUCUCUCCCCCUCUCCCCUGGAUCCCAGCCUCCCCCAUUCCUCCCUCCUCCCUCCCUCACAACCUCCUCAACCCUCCCCACUCACCCCCAGCACCCCUCCUACAACCAUCCCACCUCACACACCCUCUACAGCGUCCCUCGCAAGGGGGGAAACCCCUCUCAUCCCAUGCAGAUGAGCAUGUCAGCUCUGCCAACUGCUGACGAGGGGCGGAGUCAGGUGGUGGGGUCAAGGGUCAGUACCCUCCCCCGAGGAGCCACCACCACUAACAGUGAUGAGUACACAGUAAUGGAGAGGGUGGAGGAUGGUGGGCGUGGCUCACUGGUGGAAACUGGGCGGAGGUUCCACACCAUGGACCACACCUCUACUCUUGCUAUUGCCGAGACAAGCAAUUUUGAUACAGAUGGGAGUCUUCAGUCAAAGCAUGCCGGCUACCAGACUGAUGUUUGAUGUCAUAAUAACUGUUUACGAGACAGACACCCAUCAUGAUUUUCAUUAAUUCUCAAAUUCUCAUUUCUGUGAUUUGAUUCAUGUGAUUGCU